AUUACAAGAACCGCCAAUGUGAAUACAGGUAGAUAAAUAAUUCAUUCAGUGUUCUUCCAAAGACUAGUGCACUGUGCAACUAUACAUACCACUGUACCACCUAUAUAGUAGGUAAUAUUAUUUCCAAUACUAGGUACAUCCCGGCUGCGUCAAUAGACUGUGUUCGUUCCUUAUUGCACUAGGGCUUAUCGUUAUAAACAAUCCAUCAUAUUUGUGAAUAUUAGGUUACACUAAUCAUAAGGAAUAUUUGACCUCAACGGGAAUACACUUCAACCAUCGACUGUCCAAACGAUACGAGACGCGAGUUAGCGGCUGGUGGAAUGUGAAUAUUGUGAAUUGUGAAUUGGUGCUAACGACAGUCAUGAGAUGGCGCCACCAUCGCCCGUGUUGGGCCUACGAAGAGUGACUUGGAUCGUGGAGCUUGGUGAUACACCAGCAUAUGCUCAUGCACCGUAUGAGAAGCACCUUUCUACUAGUAAAUACGAACGAGAAGACGUACAAAAGAAGACGUUUACGAAAUGGAUAAACUCUCAGCUAGUGAAGAACGACAAGCCGCUGGUGGAGGACUUGUUCCUGGAUCUGCGGGACGGAGAGGUGCUGCUGUCUCUGCUGGAGAUCCUCACGGCCCAGCAAUAUAAACGCGAGCGCGGCCGCAUGCGCGUGCACCACAUCAACAACGUGAACACGGCGCUGCACGUGCUGGACUCCAACGGAGUCAAGCUCGUCAACAUCAGCAGCAACGACAUCGUCGACGCCAACCCCAAGCUGACGCUCGGGCUGGUGUGGAGCAUCAUUCUGCACUGGCAGGUGCACUACCAUCUCAAGGAGCUGAUGUCGGAGCUGCAGCAGACAAACCUGGAGAAGACUCUGCUGGCCUGGUGCCGCACCCACACACAGAAUUAUGCGGGCGUGAACGUGAAGAACUUCACGACGUCGUGGUCGGACGGGCUGGCCUUCAACGCGCUGCUGCACCGCUGGCGGCCGCAGCUGUUCGACUACGCCGGCGUGGUGGCGCGGCCGGCGGGCGCGCGCCUGGACCACGCCUUCCAGCUGGCGCACGACCACCUCGGCAUCGACCGCCUGCUCGACCCGGAAGAUGUGAACACUCCGAACCCCGACAAGAAAUCGAUCAUGAUGUACGUGAUGUGCCUGUUCCAAUCGCUGCCGCACUCCAGCGAGGACGUGGCCGACAUGGAGAGCAUCCACUCCGAGCCGGGCACGCCCGUCGCUACACAACCACCCGAGGUGGCGGGCAGCCGGCCGCUGUCCACGGCCACGACGGGGUCGGGCGAGCUCGGCGGCUACUACGGCGCCUUCGAGGACGUGCUGGGCUGGCUGCUGGAGGCCGAGGAGCGCCUGGCCGCCGCGCCCGCGCCCACCGGCGACGAGCUGGCGCCGCUCAAGGCGCACUUCCACGCGCACGAGCGCUUCCUGCUGGAGCUGGCGGCGCAGCAGGCGCGCGUGGGCGGCGUGCUGGACGAGGGCGCGCGCCUGCUGCGCGACGCGGGGCUGGCGCGCGACGAGGCGGCCGAGGUGCGCCUGCAGCUGCGCCUGCUGGGCCAGCGCUGGGAGGCGCUGCGCCGCGCCGCGCUGGCCACGCAGGCGGCCGGCCACGCCGCGCUCAUGCGCGCGCAGCUGGCGCAGCUGGCCGCCUUCCGGCGCUGGCUGACGCGCACGGAGGACCGCAUGUCGCGCCUGCCGCGCGGCCUGCGCGCGCAGCUGGCGGCCGUGCGCGCGCUGCACGCCGACCUGCGCGCGCACCAGCCCACCGUGGACGCGCUGGCCGACUGCGUCAUCGUAGUGGACGACGACGCGCAGGAUGCCGGCGUGACGGAGAUCGAGGACGAGCUGACCGCGCUGAGCGAGCGCUGGUCGCACACGUGCCAGUGGACCGUGCAGCAGCUGGAGCGGCUGAGCGCGCUGGAGGCGCAGGCCGAGGAGCUGGACCGCCAGCUCGCCGCGCUGCUGGCCGCCGCCGACGCCUGCGAGAGCGAGCUCAAGCACAUGGAGGCGCACCCCGCCGCCGACGUGGGCGCCGGCCUGCGCCGCCUGGCCGACCUGCGCCGCCUGCGCGCCGCGCUGCGCCGCCACCAGCGCGCCGCCGCCGCGCAGCUCGACGCCGCCGCGCGCCUGCACGCCGCCGAGCCCGACGCCGCGCCCGCCGCGCCGCUGGAGCGCGCCGAGGCGCUGCACGACCGCCUGGACGCGCUGCUGCUCAUCCUGCACGUGCAGGCGCAGCGGUUGAAGGACCUGGGCUUCGACAUCGACUCGGACUCUGCGUCCGAAGGCGAGCCGGACGCGGCGCGCGACGAGCCGCCCAGUGACAGCAAGAAGCCGCGGCUGGCGGGGGACGCGCCGCCAGACUUCCAGUUAGGGUACAAGUCCUUCGAGACCUGGGCUGCCGACGCCGAGAAAGCGCUGGAAGAUUGCAAGCGAGAACUGGAAAAUAAAAGUGGUAAAGUUGAAAUCUCGGUGGUUUUGGAACGCGUGGAAAAAGAAAUGGAAACGCAGCGAGCAGACUUCGCGAAUGUGGAGGAGAUACAACGGAGACUGGCGGCCGAGGCCGGCCUGCAGGAGGAGGCGGAGCGCCACGCCGACAGCAUCCGCCAGCUCAAGGCGCGCUGGGACUCCAUCGCCGCCACGCUCGCCGACAUACGCGCCGCGCAGGCGGGGCUGCAGGCGGCCGCCGAGCUGGAGCCCGAGCUGCUGCAGCUGGAGCGCGAGCUGGACGAGCUGCGCACGGCCAGCGCGCGCCUGCUGGCUGCGCGCGCGCACCACAACCAGCGCGUGCACCUGCGGCCGCGCCUGCGCACCGCGCGCGGCCUGCUGGCGCGGGCCGCCGGGCUGGGCGCGCGCGCCGCCGCGCUGGCCGCGCCGCACGCCGCGCGCCUGCAGCCGCGCGCGCAGGCCGCGCACGAGGCGCUGGCCGCGCUGCUGCAGGAGCUGGCGGCGCGCGAAGCGGACAUCGCGGCGCGCGCGGCCGCGCCCGACGACUUCAAGGCGCUGCACGACAAGAUCCUGGCCAUGGAGUCGCAGAUCAUCGCGGAGCACGCCGUCAUCUCGACGCGCGAGGCCAUGGCCGACAAGCUGCAGCAGCUGCGGCGCCUGGCGCGCGAGUUCGACGAGCUGCAGGCCACGUACGACCGCGUGGUCUCCGAGCGGAGGGACGACUACGAGAAAGGAAGCGUGCAGGAACUCAACUUCAAAAGCAGCCUCGAAAACUUGGUCACCAAGUUCGAAGACACGAAAAUAAUAUUACAACAGAAAAUUAAAAAACUAGAAAACGGGCUGGAGCUGGUGCAGCGCUGGCAGCGCGCGGGUGACGCGGCGCGGGGCUGGCUGCAGCGCCUGGACGACUGGCUGCGGCUGCAGGACGUGCCGCUGGCGCAGCAGGACGCGCUCGAGCUCAUGCUGGACGCCAGCAACAAAUUCGAGGAAGAGAAACAGACGUACAAGGCUGAAAUAGACACAGUGGAAAGCACCAAAGAAUCGAUCCUCGAAGAUUGCGACGACGCCAUCGCUAAGAUGGUACAGAACGAAACGAAGAGCCUAGUGAAACGAUACGAGAGCGUGACGCAGAAGGCGUUCCGACUGAACGAGGAGCUGCGGAGGGGGCUGGAGCGCACCGAGGCCGUGUUCCGCAAGAUCGCGGACAUGGAGGCCUGGCUGCAGGAGCUGGAGGCGCAGCUGCCCGCCGAGCACGAGUGCCGCAUCACGGACUCCGCCGAGCUGUACCAGAUGAAGGCGCGCUUCCAGGCGCUCAAGGACAAGUGCGACGACCACACGCAGCAGUUCCGCAACCUCAACGACUGCAGCGGCGACAUGCUGGUGGCGGCGGGCGCGGCGGGCGCGGAGCUGGCGCGCCGCGUCACGCGCCUCAACGCGCGCUGGACCAGCGUCACGCACGGCGUGUACGAGCGCUACAAGGUGCUGGCGGAGGCGUGGCACGAGAGCGGCGAGCUGCGCGCGUGGCUGACGCAGGAGCGCGCGUGGCUGGACGGGCUGCAGCGCCGCCUGCGACGCUCGCCCAACGCGCCCGCCGACGCAGAGGAGAUCUCCGACGAGCUCUACGAUCUGGAAAACUACAUUCAGAACCACAGCGACGAGCGCCUGUCGCGCAUCCAGGACAUCGGGCGCCAGCUCAUCGACGCGCACAUCAUGCCGGGCUGGAUCCAGGCCGAGAUCGACGCCAUCACCGAGUCGUGGAACUCGCUGCGCGCCGAGGCGGCCGCGCGCAGCGCGCUGCUGGAGCGCGGCGUGCGCGAGGCCGCGCGCACCGAGGUGGCCGUGGACCGCCUGCAGCAGUGGCUGGACGCCGCGGGCCAGGACCCUGCCACGGACCCGCCGCCGCCGGCGCUGCUGGCCGCCGCGCCCGCGCAGCGCGCGCUGCUGCGCGACGUGCGCGCGCAGGCCGACGCCUACCGCCGCGCCGGCAAGCACGAGGCGGGCGCGCGCCUGCUGGACCAGCUGGAGCUGCUGCAGCGCCGCUUCGACGGCGCCGAGCGCGCGCUGCAGGAGGCGGCGGGCGGGGCGGGCGGCGCGGGCGGCGCGGGCGGGGCGCUGGGCGCGCGCCUGGCGGCGGCGGCGGCGGCGCUGGGUGGCGUGCAGCGCGACGCGGCGCUGCAGCUGGCCCGCCCCGCGCUCGACCCCGACCGCGUGCGCGCGCAGCUCCGCACCUGCCUCAGGUUCUACCGGACCCUCAGCGAGAUCAAGUCGGAAGUGGAGUCCAUCAUCAAGACCGGGCGCAAGAUGGUGGAAGACAAGACGGUCCCCGAGCCGCAGGAGUUCUCGAAGAAGAUCGACAUGUUGAAGGAGCUGUACAACAAGCUCGGCGCGCAGAUCACGGAGUCCAAGUCGCGGCUGGAGCAGGCGCUGCUGGCGGCGCGCGACAUCCAGAGCGACCUGGGCGCGCUGGGCGCCUGGCUGGACGGGCUGGGCGCCGCCAUGGGCCGCCAGACGCUGGAGCUGGAGAUGUCGCGCAUGCAGGCGCUGCGGGACAAGCUCAACGCCAACUACACACGCUUCGCCGACACCUGCGACCCGCAGUACGCCGACGGCCUGCGCGAGCAGAUCGACGCCAUCAACGCGCGCUGGGACCACCUCAAGAAGCACGGCCCGGCCGCGCCCGCCGCGCCCCCCGCGCCCCCCGCGCCGCGGCCGCGGCCCCCGCCUGAGAAGCUCGAGGCCGCCACGCAAGCACACACGGACGGCGCGCCCGUUGUCGAGUACGAGAAUGUUACAGACACUAUUAAAAGGCGGCUAGAGAGUCCUGUUAAUACUCCAGAAACAGAAAAACCAGAACUUAAAAAGUCUAAAAUACCGUUAGCUUUGAAAAGCCCUGUACCAAUCAGAAAAGAAAUCAAAGAAGGCGGUCACAGGAGCAGAGGAUCCUCACUCGAGAGAGGGAAGCGAGUGUCUGAGAGUCCCGCGUCUGACUGCAGCGCCAUGUCCACCGACUCCAUCGAACCCCCGCCCCUGCGACGCCCCAUCACCCUCAGCACCUCCGCUAUACCUACAACUAACGCCAGCCCUACAACCCCCGUCAGUCCCACAACCCCCGUCAGUCCCACAACCCCCGUCAGUCCCACAACCCCCGUCAGUCCCACAACCCCCGUCAGUCCCACAACCCCCGCCAGCCCCAGUAUACCCGCUACCCCCUCUUCCCCCGCAUCCUACGGUCCGGCCGGCACCCCGGAGCCGGCGGAUCGGCCCUCGACUCCGUCCACCCCCCACACGCCGUCCACUCCCCAGCAGAACAGCAGCACGUUCAACUUGCUGACAGACAGCGACCUGUUCACACAGAUCUCCAAAGAUAAGAUCCGCGCCCGGGCCCCCGCCGCGCCCGACGUGGCGCAGGCGGACCCGUGCCACGUGGUGGCGGUCAAGGAGCACGAGAUCGUCAAGUCCACCGUCAGCCCCAUCGAGCCCGUCGAGAUAUACCCGUUCGAAGCGAUCGAUGCCGUCGUCGAGUUCAUACCGCAGACCGUGGAGACCGUGGAGAUCAUCGACGAUACCGAGAACGAGUCUCUCACCGAUUCUGACGAUCAGGAACAAACUCGGCAGCCCGUCGACUUGGGAACGGAACCUAAGACUUUCGUAGUCGAAGUGAAGACUCUCGAACAAAGGAUGAAACCGACGCUCGGUAUAUUAAAACGCAAAAACAGUUCGGAAGAAGAAAACCCUACGUCGAUCCGCGGCGCCAUGGCGGGCGUGCCCGACGUGAUCCCGGCCGGCGCGCGCGCCGAGGCCGCGACGCGCCCCGCGCUGCCCGAGCCGUCCGCCACCGAGCUGCGCGCGCGCAGCCCGCCCCCGCAGUUACGCUCGACGUCGUGUAGCGAGUUCGACGACAAGGCCCCGUUGUCGACGUCGACACCUAUCAAGCAAGAGGAGCGCAGCAAGCAGUCGGUGCAAGUGGUGGCCAUGUCGCCCAAGCUGAUCGGCGACCACUUGCCCAAACCGACGGGAGAUCAGUCCCCCCAGGCGACAGGUGACCAGCCGCCCACGUUCACUAGCGAUCAGUCGCCGAAGUCGAGCGAAGACCGAUCGUCCGAAACGAUCGGUGACCAGUCACCCGUAUUGUCAGAAGAUCAGUCGCCCAAAUCAUCUGGCGAUCAGUCCCCUAACUUGCCGGCCGCCGAGUCCGGCAAAUUGUCAGACGACAAACCGUCGAAGCCACUAGACGACGAGUCAGCUAAGUCGACAGACGAGCAAUCGGCGAAGUCGGGCGACGGCUCGGCGAGUGCGUCGGAGCUGCGCGCGCGCUGGGGCGGCGCGGCGGACGCCGGCGUGCUGCGCUGGGAGGCGGCGGCGCGCGCGCUGCUGCGCUCCAUGGACGUCAUGCUGCUCACCGUGGGCGGCGUGGCGGCCGAGCGGGACCCCGCCAAGCGCCUCGAGAUCCUCAAGCACCAGCUGGGCCAGCUCGCGCCCGACGCCGCCGCGCUCAUCUCGCAGGGAGACUCGCUCGUCUACGCCAAGCACCGGGACAGCCCGCUGCUGGCCGACUACAUCCAGACGCACUUCCAGGAUAAAUUGCGUAACAAAUGGUCGAUGGUGAUGUCGGAGAUCGAGUUGAAACGUAACCUCGCGCUGCGGGCGGAGGACAACCUGAAGGAGCUGAACAAGAUACUGGAGGAGGCGCAGGCGUGGCCCGCCGGCGACGGUGACGGCCAGGACGGCGCCGAGCACGCGGCGCGCGAGGCGGGCGUGGAGCGCGCCGCGCACCUGGCGCGCGAGCUGCGCGCGGCGCACGUGGGGCUGCCCGAGCGCGCCGUGGCCGAGCUGCUGGCGCGCGCCGCGCCCGCGCCCGGGCCCGAGCACGUGACGCGCGCCAACCGCGCGCGCGAGGCCGUGGCGGCGCUGGGCGCCGUGCUGCGCGCGCCGCCGCUGGGCUCGCGCGACUACGACGAGUUCCCGCUGCAGGAGGACGCGCUGGCCCGCGUGCGCGCCGGCCUGGCCGACGUGGCGCCGCAGGUGGCCGAGGCCGAGCGCGAGCUGGCGUGGCACGCGGCGCGCGCCGGCCCGGGCGCGCAGCGCGCCCAGCGCCUGCACGACAAGCUGCGCGCCGAGUGGGCCGCGCUGCAGGACCACUACCGCACGCGACACGACCGAUGGAGCGCGUGCCAGGCGGAGUGGGCGCGCCUGUACUCGCUGCUGGAGGAGGGCGGCGAGUGGCUGGACGCGGCCGAGCGGCGCGUGGAGGCGGCGCGCGCGCUGGCGCCGGGCGAGCGCGGGCGCGCGCUGGCGGCGCUGCGCGCGGAGCACGCGGCGCGCGGCGGCGUGCUGGCGGAGGCGCGCGCGGCGGGCCGCGGCGUGCUGGCGGCGUGCGCGGCGCCGCUGGCGCAGCACGUGCAGGACCAGCUGGAGCUGCUCAGCGAGCGCAGCCACGCGCUGCACGCCGCGCUGCACCACGCCGACACGAUACAAAUAGAAGAGAACGACAUGCAGACGAGCAGCGACCUACAGACGCAAGAUGGCACAAAGGACAGUCCCGCGGCCGGGGAGGCGCCCGCUGCAGACAGCGCAUGGGCCGAGUCUGCGCGCGCCGCGCUGCACGACGUGCAGGAGCUGCUGGGGGGCACGCGGGCCAACCCCGCCGACCGGACCUGUCUCGCCGUGCGACACAGCCUCGUCAAGGCGCGCGAGGAGGAGCUGGCCGGCAAGCUGCGGGACAUGGAGGUGCUGCGCCAGGGGGGGGCGCUGCCGCCGGGGGGGAGCCAGCUACAGGCGGAGCUGCAGCAGGCGCAGGCGCGGCUGCAGGAGCACGGCCAGUACAUCGACGGCAAGCUGCUGGCGCUCAGCAAGUACUGCGCGCGCCUCGACGCCGCGCUGGCCUGGGCCGCCGACCUCGCGCAGCGCCGCGCCGCCGGGGCGCCCGCCGCCGACAUCGCCGCGGCGCUGGCGGAGCGCUCGCACGAGGUGCGCGAGGUGCUGGAGAACUACACCAACCUGGAGCGGCAGUGCGGCGCCGCGCGACAGACCGUGGCGCCCGACGUGCGCGAGCCCGCGCUGCGCCUGCGCGAGCUGUGGCAGACACUACGCGCGCCCCCGACGACCGCGCCCCCGACGACCGCGACCCCGGCGGCCGCGCCCCCGGCGGCCUCGCCCCCGGAGCGGCGCAGCUCUGCGGACAGCGUGCACAGCGAUUGGAGCGGCCGGCUGUCGGGGCGGCGGCGCUCGUCGCAGCAGUCGCCCGCCGCGCUGCUCGCUAACUUCGACACCACCGUGCAGCAGAUCCGCGACUGGGUGUCGGUGGAGGUGGACAUGCUCCGCACGCAGUCGGUCGCCGUCGGCGAUGUGGACGAGAUCCUGCAGCAGCUCGACAAGCAGAAGGGAGUACUCCGGGAGCUGGAGCAGAAGAAGCCGCAGCUGGACGAGCUGCUGCACACCGCCGAGAGCCUCAAGGGCACCGAGAACCGCCAGCAGCUGCAUGGGAAAGCAAGUAUAACCGGUUUCCCGGUGUCCCACACGAGCGGCCAGUUUUUGCACUUGAGGUCACUGUUGAAAGUGACAGCCCUCCGCGAGCACUGGGACGAGGCCAAUGCGCGCGUGCUGCAGCGCAAGGCGCAGCUGGACGCCAUGCUGGGCGACUCGCAGCGCUACGAGGCGCGGCGCCGCGACGCCGACGCCUGGCUGUCGCGCAUGGAGGCGCGCCUGGCCGCCAUGCAGCCCCCGGCCAACACCGCUGAUGUGCUGGAGAUGCAGCUCAGGGAACAGAAGUCAUUCCACGCCGAGGUGCAUCAAUACAAACACCAGAUUGAACUGUUUGGCCAGCUGACCCAACGCCUCAUUGCGGUGUAUCGCAACGACGAUACUACUCGCAUCAAACGUUCCACUGAGGCUAUCAACCAUAGAUACAAUGAGCUGAACAACAGCAUUGUCGCUCGAGGCAAAGCGUUGCAUUCAGCUGUAUCAUCGCUGCAGAACUUCGAUCGUUCGCUGGAGAAAUUCGUCGCUUGGCUGAGCGAGGCGGAGUCAUUGCUGGACGCUGCGGAGCGGGAUCCUCAUCUGUUAAAGGAUCUUCAAUCAGAGAUCGAGACACACCGCGAUGUGUACGCGUCGCUCACCGGGACGGGGCGCCGGCUGCUCGGCUCCCUCUCCUCGCAGGAGGACGCCGUCAUGCUGCAGAGGAGGCUCGACGAGAUGAACCAGCGGUGGCAUCAUCUCAAGGCCAAGAGCAUGGCCAUCAGAAACCGGCUGGAGAGCAAUGCUGAGCACUGGUCAGCAUUGCUGCUGUCACUGAGAGAGCUCACUGAGUGGGUGAUCAGGAAGGAGACUGAGCUGAACGCCCUCGCACCUCCCCGGGGCGACCUGCCGGCCCUGCUCAAACAACAGGAUGACCACCGCGCAUUUAGGAGACAGCUCGAAGACAAACGGCCAGUCGUCGAGAGCAAUCUCCUGAGUGGCAGACAAUACAUCGCGAAUGAGCCGCCGCUGUCAGACACGAGCGACACUGAGGCGAGUCGCGAAAACGAAGGUGACUCCCGCGGCUACCGUUCAGCAGAGGAGCAGGCUCGUGAGCUGGCCAGGUCCAUCAGGAGGGAGGUGGCCAAGUUGGCAGACAAGUGGAACUCCUUGGUGGACAGGAGCGAUGCCUGGGGACGGUGCUUGGAUGAUGCUGUACAGCGUGUCCGAACAUUCACGACCUCCCUCGACGAGCUCGCGGGUCGCGUACAAGCCGCAGAAGCUGCACGCUCCUCAUGGCGCGGUCCUGGUGACGCAAGGGAUGCGCGCGCGCAGCUCGACGCGGUCUCCCGCGCACGCGCACAGCUGCCUCCGCUCAGGAGACUGGCUGACGAGCUGCACGCACAAGCUCAGCAGCUAGCGCGAGACAAGAUACAACUGCCUGAUCAUCUACUUGCAAGAUUGGAUGAUUUGAAUACCAGGGUAUCUGGCCUGGUCUCCGGCGGUGAGGAGCGCGUGCGCCAACUAGCUGGUGUUGCGAGAGAUGGCGGCGCGGGCGCAGCGCAGGGCUUCCUCGCUGGCUCCGUGGAGAUACCCUGGGAGAGAGCCGUCACUCCUGCCAAUGUACCCUACUACAUCAACCACGAACUGGAAACAACUCACUGGGACCAUCCGAAGAUGAUCGAGCUGAUGAACUCCCUAGCUGACCUGAACGAGGUCCGCUUCUCCGCGUACAGGACCGCGCUCAAACUGAGGACUGUGCAGAAAGCACUCUGCAUGCACAUGCUCCAACUACCAGCAGCAUUGGAAGCGUUUGACUCGCACGGCCUGCGCGCUCAGAAUGAUCGUCUGAUUGACAUCCCUGACAUGAUCACUGUUCUCACUUCUUUGUACGAGGUGAUUGCAGCGGAGAAUCCAAGUCUAGUGAACGUGCCGCUUUGCUUGGACCUGUCCAUCAAUUGGUUGCUCAACGUGUAUGACAGCCAGCGGACCGGGCAGAUCCGGGUUCUAAGCUUCAAGGUCGGCCUCGUACUUCUAUGCAAGGGACACUUGGAGGAGAAGUAUAGAUAUCUGUUCCGGCUGAUCGCAGAUCCAUCGUGUAGGGCCGACCAAAGAAAACUCGGAUUGUUGCUGCAUGACUGUAUUCAGGUACCAAGACAACUGGGUGAAGUGGCUGCCUUCGGAGGCUCAAACAUAGAACCUUCAGUGAGGAGCUGCUUCGAACAGGCAUCGGCUGCCACCAAGGAGGGCAAUAAGGGAGGCACUCUUGACAGGAAAGUUGUUAAUCUUCCAGAAAAAGACAAGGAGAAGGAGGAACCGGCUAAGGACAAGACCUUGGAGCGUGAUGCAGACGGCCAGCUCCAGUUUAUCGAGGCGUUCCACUUCCUGCAGUGGCUGCAGAAGGAGCCGCAGUCCAUGGUGUGGCUGCCCGUGCUGCACCGCCUGGCCGCCGCCGAGACUGCCAAGCAUCAGGCCAAGUGUAACAUCUGCAAGGAGUACCCGAUUAUUGGGUUCAGAUACCGUUGCCUGAAAUGUUUCAACUUCGACAUGUGCCAGAAAUGCUUCUUCAACGGCCGCAAAGCCAAGAACCACAAGCUGACGCAUCCUAUGCAGGAGUAUUGCACUGCUACUACUUCGGGCGAAGACGUGCGUGACUUCACUCGUGCGCUGCGCAAUAAGUUCAAGUCAGCUCGCUACUUCAAGAAGCAUCCUCGAGUCGGAUACCUUCCCGUGCAAACUGUACUAGAAGGUGAUGCCUUGGAGUCUCCGGCCCCAUCUCCACAACACGGCAGUGCUUCAGGCUCAGCCCUUGGAGGUGAUGACAUGCACUCUCGACUGGAACUGUAUGCUACCAGGCUGGCUCAGGUGGAACUCGGAGCCAAAUCUGGAGACACUCCUGACAGUGACGAAGAACAUCAAUUGAUUGCCCAAUACUGCGCAUCUCUGAAUGGCGGCGGCGAGACUGAUGAUGCACCACGCUCGCCCGUGCAGGUGGUCUCCAUCAUUCAUCGUGAGCAGAGACACGAACUUGAGGCUAUGAUCCGAGAGUUAGAGGAAGAGAAUGCCAGUCUCCAAGCUGAAUACGAGCGUUUGAAGGCCAAGCAAACUCCAGGAUCUACUCCAGAGGAGCAGCAUGGUGUCAAUGAUAACAGGAACGCUCCUGUCGACCAGGACAUGAUGGCUGAAGCGCGCCUGCUGAGGCAGCACAAGGGUCGCCUGGAGGCACGCAUGCAGAUCCUCGAGGAACAUAACCGACAGCUCGAGGCUCAGCUGCAGAGACUGAGGAGACUGCUCGAUGAGCCUGCCCAAGGAUCUCCACCAGCUCGCACCGGCACUCUGCAGACUCGUUCCGUGACCGCUUCGCAACUUGCUACCGAUUCUCCGGCAAAAAUGCAUAAUGGACUAUACCAUGAGUCGCAAACUAACGGGGGCCCGCGCUGGGCGGGCGCGGAGCGGGAGCCGCUGGAGCGUCCGCCGCCGCCGCCGCACCAGGUGCACUCACUCAUGCACUGCGCAGAUGACCUUGGGCGCGCUGUCGAAGAACUAGUGUCAGUAAUGACGGAGGACACACAAAACCAGACAUCGAACUCUCCUCCACAAUACACCAACGGGAAGCCACCAACCAAAGAGUAGCCCUGACAUCGCCCGUGGUACAUCGCGCGCAUGGUGCUGCCAGCGGGGCCGCCUGGCCCGCCCCCCUACUUAAUGAUACCUUCGAACUAGCAACACUGUCGAGUCAUACCAAAGAGAACGCUUUAAACUCUUUCCUUACUAAACAUCGAAGUAUUAUAAAUUGUACAGUAUUUCUACUAAUUUUCGACUCAUCACUAACAAUACCUGCACAUGCUGUUUCUACCUUAUUAUACAAAAGCUCUAACAUUCCACACAUUCUCUAAUCGAGUGGGCUUCGCGGGGAAAGAUACUAAAAGUAGAAGCCUGUAAGGAACCGGCUAUAUAGAACUAACAACGAUCAUAUCUAGAUUUAGUUCCCUGUAGCGUCGUUUUCGAGACGAGUCGUAUGCAACGCUUAUUGUAUUAAUAAGGGCAUGCCAUUGUUGCAGUACGUAUCGUGAUUGAGUCGCUUUUUUAUACCUUUUCUUACUAUACAGAACUUGGUAGGCAACCCUGACAGAAUUUCUACUAUUUUAGUUUUUCCCCUCCGUAACCCCGACAGUGUUGCUAGAACGAGACGAUCCAACGAAAAAGACACUGUAACGAGCAUUUAUAUACAUAUAUAUUUAACAAAAAAUGUACCAAAUUUGUGGAUACUUAAUAUUUUAAUCGUUUAAGUACAUAUCUUGUUAGUACAAUCUCCAUUAUAUAUCAUAUCACUUCUUGUAUACUUCCAUAUCAUUUUGCUAUGUAAAAUACAGGCAUAUGUAUUAUAUCACGUGAAACGAAACUGAGCCAACUCGGCCACUGGUCGGAGGUCUGUGUCAUACAAGACAGUUCGAUCGGUUUGACCACAUGUUUAUCAUAUCGACGAGAAUAACAUUGUACCCAGACCAUAUCCAUGUUUUUCUAUAAUUAUACAAAGAACAAACAGUAUUUAAGGAUGCUACCGUAUAGUAGUAAUUUUGAAGUGUGGUCACACUGAACGUAUUAAGCUGAAAGCUUUAAUAGGAUCACAAUUAGCUUUAAAACCGCAACUGUGACAUAUUUUGAUAAAUAACGCAACAUGUAUGCAACCUACAAGUUUAUACCGCGCAACCACUGAAAGGGCCUAAGUUUUAGUGGAAAUGUAUUGUUAUAUAGAUUGACCUCUCCGAUUCUUCAAAAACAUGUAUGCCAUAUGUCUAGUGUGGCCGUAGAUAAAAUGGAUUCGUUAACGAUUUUGCGAGUAGUAUUUAGAUGUAGCCAAAAUGAUAUCGAGCAUGUUAUCUAUAUGCAUGUUUGUGUAAGUUAAACAUUUAUCGAGUUAUCAAAAAUGUAUCGUUAGAUGAUGAAAAAUAAUAAUCGAAGUGCUUCUAUGCAGAGUAGUGGCAGUUUCCUUUCCUUCACUGUUAGGGCUAGGCCAGCCGCGAUUAUUUUAUCGAUAGAGUAAAGCGCACAUAAAAUAAAGCACUCUAAAAAUGGUGCGAUUUAUUUAUCGAUAGUUAUAAUCGCGGCGCGCUCUAGUCGGUACUGUCGGACUGUAGGGACUCUUCUUAGGAACUAUAAAACAUGUAUCCAAAACUUUUUCACUAUUACAAAGGGCAACAUGACACAUUUUUCGAUUAGACUAAUAUGGCGCGCGACGGUUUUUAUGUCGCGCGCCGGUGUAUCUCGAUAUGUACCGUGUGUCUACUAGUAAGAUGCUGCCUACCUUUUUUAGAUAAGGAUAUAUUGGAGAGACUUUUAUACGAUCGUUAAAUAAUCCUGUUGAAGCUAACUUUAAAUUAAGUACUUCGGAUCUAACCAUAUCAAGGUUUAUUUUGUUUUUUUCCGUCGCAACGGUGCGCAGGAGUUUUGAAGUACCAGCAUAUUUUAACGCUGGCAACAUUCCAAAAUUCCGGUGCACCCGCGACUGUUACUUAAAUUCUUAUUAAUUUCGCUAAUAUAGUAUAUAAGAAAAAAAGCACAAUCUUUAUUAUAAUUUUAACGAAAAUAGAAAAUAAAAAUUUACACUAAUAUAUUGUUAAUAAUUUUAUUUUUUGUUUAUUACGUAGUACGUUAGUGUUCUGUUUACUAUUACGAAAUUUAAUACUUAUUUUAAUAUUGGCAAUUUACGAAAUGUACUACUUCCGCAUUUAUUUGUAUAUUUUACUGUGUUUAUGAUGUUUUUAGAAGUUAAACACAAAUAAACAUUCAACAUAGUA